AUGGAUGCACACGGCCCCUCUACUCUCCCGUCUCUACCUCCCCAAUCUCCUCCUCGACCCUACGAGCAGUUGGAGUCUCCUCCCUUUUCUUCAAACUCUCUUGUACGCCGCAAACCUCUCCCUCCCUCUGGCGGCAACCAGUCACCGAGUCUACAACAAUCUUUAAAUAAAAAAAGUUCAAGUAACCGUGCUCAAGGUCUCUUAGAACAUUCUCCUCCACUAGACUCAGACGGCAUUGUCAUACGGGAUCUCGACAAAUUCCCUCACGGAGACUCCCCCAAUCUUGGACAAGGUCGCUGGGCUGCCGACUCACAUGGUGAAUUUGACAUUCGAGUCCAGUUUCCUACACCACGAGUUUAUCCACCAUCUCCAUUGACCUCACACACAAGUCAUGCGAGAGUCUGGAGCGAAUCUUCAGUAAACAAAAGUAACCAACAUAUCGACCCACCGCACCGGCGGCCUGCCUCAACAAUGGCAAGCUCUUCGGCAGCGUCAGAUUCUUCGCCGACGAUUCCGGCAAAUUUAAAUCUCCCGGAUGUUCCCUUUCGCAGUCGCUCUCCAUCGAUAUCAGAAGCUACUGAGGAAGCAAAUAAGCCACCAAGAUCACCAAGUGCUAGAAUAACCUCGUUUCUCCGGUGGGGAAGUGCUUCCGAUCAAGGGGGAAUCGUGCCAUUAUCACCAUCUACCUCAAUUUCUGAAAGACCGGUACCUUCACCAAAGUCUACCAACACGCAGCAACUAUAUUCAUCAAGAUCUAUACCCCCAGCAAUUGACAUUCCUCGCGCAAAUGCUGCAGCCUCCGAUGGCCUUCAUUCCGACUCAGGGGUUUCCUUUGCCCCUCAAACCCCUUCAGCAAUUGAUGCUAUUGAGCAAGAGGUGCGACUAGUUUCCGCAGACUUAGCUGCCUCUAUCCGUCGAGAAAUGGAGUUAGAAGACCUUAUUGAGCGUUUGCAAGCAGAGGCCGCGGAGCGGAAUGGCGAGAGCAAAAGGACGAGUGAUUACUUCUCGGAUGCUGGAACCUCUACACGAUAUUUAGAUUCAGAAACCAAGCAAGAGGUUGACGUAGAUAAGAUGCAACGGAAGGCCGAACAGGAUAUUUCAAGAGUACGAUUAGAAAUGUUAAGUAGCAUUCAAGAAGAGAGGGAACGAAGAAAGGCAGUUGAAGCACGAGUAAAAGAAAUGGAAGAGCAAUCUGCGAGGCGUGAGAGUGCUCAGUUUUUGACUGCAGGUUCCUCGGGAAGAGUUAAGGAGUUGGAGGUAGGACUGGAGGAUGCUAGGCGAAGACUUGCAGAAGAACGCCAGAUGAAGGAGAAUUAUGAAGAUCUUCUUACUGCUCUUCGAAGUGAACUAGAGGAGCUCCGAAAUGAACGUGAUAACCUCCGUGAUGAGAUCGUACCUCGAUUACGAGCACGCGUCGAGGGACUCGAGUCGGAAACAUCAGAAUUACAGAAGGGUAUGUACGAGAACACCCAGAUACAGCAGGAUCACACGCAAAUGCAAGAAGAGCACUCGAAAAUGCAGCAGGAACUUCUCAACCUUCGAAAUGAGAAUGCUUCUUUAGCUUCAGCGAUUCAGGUUCAAGCUUCAGCAAUCCAAACAUCGGCCGUACAGAAACAAGCGCGACAGUCGAUUAUUGGAAGACCAUCCCGUCCUGUUUCUUUGAUGGGCUCACCUAUCUCGACGAUGCCUCUAGCCCUAGAUUUUAAGGAUAGAGAGACCCUCGCAGAGAAGGUGAAGGGCAUCGAGGAACAAAGAGAUGCUUUACAUUCUGCGCUGAAGAGUUUACAAGAGCGACACAGAUAUGAAAAUAAGAGAGCCAAGGAGAGGAUAAAGGCUUUGGAGCUAGAGCGUGAUAAGGCUUUACAGCAAACCAAUAGGCGUUAUGGUAAAGACCGAGAAAUGAGCACAAUAAGGAAAGAGAUGGAGCGGUUACGCCGCCGGGCCGAUGAGGCAAUUGAAUCAAAGGUCAGAUGCGAAAAAAAUCUUGGGACAUUAAAGAUGGACCUGGAACAAGCUGAAACAGAAACUGCCACACUGAGAGCCCUGCUUCAAGAACACGAUUUACUCGUUGGCCGACACUCGGAAUUACGUGAUUCUUAUUUCCGACAGUCCAAACAGAUGUCACACCUGAGACAAGAAAAAGCCAGCGAAGAAACAUCGCUUUCUCUGCAGAGAGCCUACAAUGAUUUACAAGACAUACAUGCAAGAUCACUGGCGCGCUUAGAUGAGCUGGAGGAGAAAGGAAACGAUCUUUCCGAGGACAUUACGGAUCGAGAAAAGAAACUUUCAGAGGCGCAUUCGGAGUCGCAACGAGCCAUUACCAAACUAAUGCAAGGUGUUGCUCAAGCGGAGGCUGAGCGGGACGAGGCUCAGGUUGAAGCGGAAGCGUACCGGAAGCGUGCAGAGUCACUCCAAAAUUCGGAGAAGAAACACCUUGCUGAGGAAAGAAGCCUUAGUAUCCAAUUGAAAAUAUCAACAGAGAGGAUUGGAGAAUUGGCAGCACAAGUUCGUUCUCAACUUGAAUCGAACAACUCCCUGAGGGAUAGACUGGCGGAGGCCAUUGGCCGGGGAGAAGAGGACCAGAAGCUAUCAGCACAAAAGAUUAAUGAGCUUCAGGAGAGGCUUAGAGUCUUGGAAGACAAGGUCCUCGAAGCCCAGCAGCAAACUGAAGAAGCUGUUGCUCGCCAUGAAGAGGAAGUACGAAAACUUAAGGAUACACACACUUCUCAACUUCGAAGACUGAAAACAACAGCGAUGGGAUCGCCCACUGGGCUUGCGGCAAGAUCACCAUUAUCUCCCAUGCUGCGAUCACCACGGCUAGAAUGGACUGGUUUUAAGAAACCUUCGCAAUCAAUCCCAGAUUCUUCAAGAAUUGAAUACUUGGAGAAGCGCGUUGAUGAGCUAGAGAAGGCCCUAGGCCAGGCUGAUAACGAGAUGGCAGAGGUUGUCGGGAAAAUGAACACAGCCCAAAUCGAGGUUAUGGAGCUACAAAAUGAAAGGGAUGAAUCUCUUCGUAAAACAAGAAAGCUUCAAGCCGAAAUCGAAAUCGAGAGGGCCAAUUUCAUCAAGUCUGUGUGA